GGCAAGGUGAAACAUGUGAAGAGCCGUUGCCUAAACCUCUGGAAAACAUUGCAACACCUCAGUGUCAACAUGGAUUAAAAUGCUUUGAAGGAAAAUGUGUUUUAGAUGAAGGGAGAUUUAGCUGUUUGUUGCAGCGCCAAUACAUCGAAAGCAGAAAGAAAGAAGAUAUUUAUGCUAGCGAUAUUUCGGUUCCGGAAUGUGAUCAUCAAGGAUUCUUCAAAGCCAAGCAGCAAAAGAAGAAAAAAAGCAUUUGCGUUGAUUCUUUGGGAAAGAAGUUAUUUGGACUAGAAGAAAGCGCUCUGUCUGAAAAUAUGACUUGUGGAUGUUCAAGGCACGUGGAUAAACUGAUGAAACAGAACGAAGCUUUCAUGACGAAACCUCAGGAACACUGUACUUCCGAUGGAAAUUUCGACAGACUGCAGUGCAUUGAUGAUCUUUGUUACUGCGCAAAUCUCAACACAGGGCAAGUGGAAAGUAGAAUAGUCAAAAUAACACACUUAGAUAAACUUCCUUGUGGCCGUGACACUAAUAUCAACAAGCACUAUCUUAGACCCUGUGAGAAAGAGCUUCAAAGAUCCCGGAAGUUACGCUAUCAGUUUCACUUGAAAGGAAUUGAUGUCAAGGAAUUGCAAAGUAUCAGAUGUGAUCCCGAUGGAACAUAUUAUUCAAAGCAGUGCGAUACAACCAAUUGCGUUUGCACAGAUAGAAGCGGAGUAGGCAUCGGAAGCUACUUUAUUGCAGUGGAACAACAUGAAACAUUGAAAACUGAAAUGACAUGCAACUGUGCUCGUGACAUCGAAAGUUUGUCUUCCCAUUCCCAGUACCCUUCAUUCAACUGCAAAAGUUAUGGAAAUUACAUCCUUGCCCAGUGCUUUGAAAGGAACUACUGUUUCUGCAUUGAUGAAGAAGGAGAAAUUAUUUCCACAGUAUUUAGCAAAACAAAUGAGCAUGAAACCUUCUGUUUAAACCUUUUGCAGGGACUUACUGUGAAGCCAGGAUUAUCUACCACAACUAUCAUUGAUGAUUCAAGUAUGAUCGAUAAUUAUAGCGACUAUGAUUAAAAAAGCAAGGCAUUUUCCUUGUAAAUUUAUUCAUA